UUUUCACCCAGGUGUCAUCCACAUACCUGAACCAAUGACUUGGUGGUGUAACGUUUCUCCCACUGAAAAACUAUGUCCAGAUGAACAGAAUCAACUUUUGGGGCUAGUGGCCAUAGUUAAGAGUAGAAAUGCAGAUGUUGGUUGCGGCUUUCCUACCUGCCUCUUCAUGGUUCCUAUGGACAUGAUCAGUAGGUACAUUGAAUUCAGUUCAAUUCAAUUUUAUUUAUACAGCGCCAACAACAAACAUCAGUUGUCUUAAGGCACUUUAUAUUGUAAAGAAAAGACCAUACAAUAAUACAAGCUGAGCUGGGCCCAGAAAGGAACUGGCAGAAACAUAAUGGGAGCAAAACCCCUGCUACUGGUAAACAGAGCAGUCACUUGAGACAGUACGAAGAGACUGACCAACCUGUGCACUGCCUGAAUUAACUAAAAUAAAGUCUCUGACUCAAUGUCCACACGUUGAUCCUGGAAUACUUGUAACUAUACAAGAUCAGGACCCUAAGAGCCUUCAUCAGGAGUUUGGUGAGGAUGUAGUGAACAACACUAGAGGCUAACUUUAAAGCAAUUGCACUUGUCACCAUCAAGUGCCAGCAGUGCCAAGGAGAUGCUCUGUCCCCACUAUCCCCAGUGAGAUUAUUAUCAAGAUGGCUACGCAAACCAACUGCAGAAUGGAGCAACCGUUAGCCAACUCUGCUACACCUCUUCUACUGGAUGAUAUCAAGCUGUAUGCCAGCAGGUAAGGUAAAGGCACAUUGAUUCACUGAUCCACACAACAUGGAUCUACAACACUGACAUGUUGUAGAUCCAUGUUGUAGAGAAUGUCAUCCGUACUGGAGAAGUGUAAAGAGAUGCUAACAUAGAGAGCGAAGGUAGUAAGAACUGAGGGGAUCGCACAACCAGAAAGCAACAUUGCAGACAUUGCGGACAGCUACAAGUACUUGGGAAUCCCUCAGGGAAAUGGGAACCAUGAAGAGACUGCUAGGAAAACUGCAAUCACAGAAUAGCUGCAGAUAGUAAGGCAAGUCCUGAGGAGUCAACUGAAUGGGAAGAAUAAGAUCUGGGCAAUUAACGCCUGUGCCCUCCCAGUUUUCAGAUGCCCUGCUGGUCAAAGGAGGAGAUAGAAGCUACUAAUAUCAAGACAAAAAAGCACAAGUCCAAAACGCUGAAACUGUAUGCUAAGCGAAAGUAAGGAGGCAGAGGAAAUAAAUAGGCUUUCACAGACAUUUUGGAAGCCAUGUUUGUUGUUGACCACGUUUAUUGUUAGUGAAUCAACAUCAGUUGCCUUCAGUUCUUUACUGAUGCUCUUCCUCAUUUGACUGCAGACACUGGUACUAGUGGUGUACGUGUCUUGAUGCAUGCUCAACCAAAGCAAGCAAAUUGUUUGAAUAAUCUCUAAACGUUCACCUUUUGCAUUGGCCAAAGCGAAAGCACUGGCAAGCAGGCAAGGUCACAUUGUUUUGGGGGGCAACCUGGCAUGAGUGAUGAUUCUUGUUUGUUGCACAUCAUUUCACAUAGUAAAUGUUAGUUAUUCUAAUAAGGAUACACAUGGCAAUAUCGGAAAAAAAAUGCUUUAAACAAUACGGAAUCAACUUAACAGGUCAUUAAUAUAUUCCUCCUAUGAUGUUCAAGUUAUCAUGUCUCUGGGGCGCGGAGGGUGGUCAUAAAUAAAAAGGAUUAAAAAAAUGCAGACGUGAUAGUCAUGUGAAAAGGCGUGACUAUAGAGCUUAUAUACACAAUGUGUGGGUAAGAAAAUCUUGCUGUCCAGUGCCGUUCAGCUGAAAGCAACCACAGCCCUCUAACCUGUUAAUUUCCCGCAGGAGGAAGAUGAUCUGAAAAGAGCUUUGUGGAUCUUUCUGUGUUAUAUGUUGGAAUACUUUUUUGUGUUUUAUUUCCACUGAAGAUGUUAAAAACUUAAUUUCUUUAUUGAAAUGUUACUUGCAAAUCUGUCUCUGACCAAUGUUACUGCUAACCAGCAGUAUCAAGGGGUUUUGGAAAGAGUUUUAUUUUCCACUCUGACUACACUGCCGUGCUGUGUAUUCCUCUUCAUUAAUGGAAUCAUGCUAUUUACUUUAAGGAGUAAAGCUUUGUUCUGUGAGACGUCUCGAUACAUUCUCCUGUAUAACCUUCUGUUUGCAGACACAGUACAGAUGGCACUGAGUCAAUUACUGUAUAUUAUUGCUACUUCUAGAAUAACACUAACGUAUCCUGUAUGUGGUUUUCUCACCAUGCUUGCCAAUCUUACAACUGUGGUCUCUCCUCUCACGCUGGUGGUGAUGUCUCUGGAGAGAUAUGUCGCUGUGUGCUACCCACUGAGGCAUGCCACCAUCAUCACUAUCACCAACACAGGUGUGGCCAUCAUUGCGAUUUGGGCCAUUGGUUCACUAAAUAUUCUCACUCGGGUUCUUCUGCUGUUAGAGUUUCCUUUUGAAGCCCUUGAUAGUCUGCAGAUGAAAGAUUUUUGCUCUGACAUAGCAAUGUUUGUUGGGUCUAUGUCUGAUGAUUACGACAAAGCUUUCACAUGUGUUCUGUUUAUUUCCGCAAGUGUGGCAAUUACAUGCUCUUAUAUUGGUGUUAUAGUAGCAGCCAGGUCGGCCUCCACAGAUAAAGCUUCAGCCCAUAAGGCUCUUAACACACUGCUGCUACAUCUGGUGCAGCUGGGUCUCAGUCUUUCCUCAACCAUUUAUAACCCACUUCUCACAGCACUUGCAAGAGUUUUAACAAGGAUAGUGUUUGUGCGCAUCCAGAAUGCUUUUUAUGUGUGUAUUUUCAUCUUCCCCAGAUGUCUGAGUUCUCUGAUUUAUGGUAUCAGAGAUCAAAGCAUCAGACCUGUCCUCAUAUAUCAUCUUUGCUGUCGACUGAAAUAUUCAGUCAUACAGCCAAGACUGAACUUUCAUCCCAGGCUGUGAUUGAAAUAGAUCGAGAUUUGUAUGCUUGUAAGCGUGGUGUAUAUUCUGACCAACAAAGUACCAUUCUGCAAUUUUGCAAGCAAUUAAAGACUCAUAUAUUGUAAUUAUGUUAUAACUCCUUCUGUUACUGACUUGACUUUUUAAUUUUUAUUGAAAACCAUAUAAUUGUCAAAUGACAUAGGUGAGGAGUUUAUUGCUGCUGUUUACUAAAGGAACACAAUUCUUUAUAAUUCUCUCAAAUUAUUACAUGCUUUGGUUAAACUGGAAUAUGGAUCACAAGUCCCAAUAUUUGUAGUUUCUCCUUAUAUCG